UCUCUGGAUUCAAAAUGCCACUCCAAGGCCCUUUGCUCUAACCUUCCUGGUUCUUACAACUGCACAUGUAUGGCUGGGUAUUCAGGUGAUGGGGUCCUUCAGUGUAAUGACAUCAACGAGUGCCUGGUGAAUAACGGGGGUUGUAAAAACAAAGCAACAUGUGUCAACAACCAAGGUUCUUUUACAUGCCAAUGCCAGUCAGGUUUCAACUUGAUUAAUCGGACAAUUUGCCAAGAUAUCAAUGAAUGCAAGGAAAAGAGUAAUCCGUGCGGAGUGAACGAAGAGUGCAAAAACACUGAUGGGUCCUAUGAGUGCCCUUGCCGGGCUGGGUACUACCGUCCUGCCAGCAACAUGGCCUGUGUCGAUUGGGACGAGUGUAAAGACAAACCAUGCCAUGUCAAUGCCACGUGUCUCAACACCAUCGGCUCAUACACCUGCACCUGUAAGAGAGGCUUUACAGGGAAUGGCUCCCAUUGUACAGACAUAAAUGAGUGCGCUUUGGACGGUAUAUGCCACUCAAGGGCCACAUGCACCAACGUUAUAGGGGACUACUUCUGCUCUUGUCAGCAAGGUUUCACGGGGGAUGGAUUUUCCUGCCAGGAUGUGAAUGAGUGUUCCCUCUCCAACACCACGUGCCCUGCUUUCUCACAAUGUGUCAACUCUCCUGGUUCUUACGUGUGCUCAUGUUUAAAUGGUACUGUGGUCUCUAAUGGCACCUGUGUGCCACCCACUUCACUGUGUGAUCCUCCCUGCCAUAGUAAAGGUCUGUGCCACCUUUCACCAUCCGGAUACCAGUGUGUUUGUGACGUCGGCUUUGACGGCAAUGGAGUGACCUGCGCUGACAUCAAUGAAUGCCAGAAGGACAAUGUUUGUCCUCAAAAUGAGACUGAGUGUUUGAAUACCCCUGGAUCAUUUUCCUGUGUCUGCAGACAAGGCUACACUCUCAACGGGCAGCAAUGUGUCGUUAUCGUUGACAAGAGUGAAUGCGAGGCAGAAGGCAUCAAAUGCCACGCUCAGGGCGACUGCAUGAGGAUCAGAAGCAACUACACCUGUGUGUGCCGGGUGGGCUACCAGGGUGACGGUCUGCAGUGCAGUGACGUCGAUGAGUGUCUGACCAGCAUGCACAGCUGUCACCCAAAGGCCCGCUGCACCAACUCCCAAGGCAGCUAUGACUGCAUCUGCCUCGAUGGAUAUGUUGGUGACGGUAAAACCUGCCAGGACGUCAACGAGUGUCAAACGAACAACGGGGGUUGCCACCCCGAUGCACUCUGUACUAAUUUGGAUGGUGGACGAAGGUGUCAGUGUGGUGCAGGGUUCACAGGAGAUGGCUUCCAGUGUACGGAUGUUAAUGAAUGCUCAAACCAACGGAUCUGCCAUUGGAACGCCACCUGCACUAAUAACCCCGGUUCCUAUAUGUGCACCUGUAAUACUGGCUAUAAGGGAAAUGGAAACUACUUGUGCAUGGACAUAGACGAAUGUACAGAGAAUCCUCGUGUGUGCUCUGCGUCAUUAGGCUACAAUGGCUGCAUAAAUACGCCUGGUUCCUACCGUUGUACGUGCAACAGUGGCUUUCAAACCGCCGGACAGAACUGUGUUGACAUCGACGAGUGUGCGAACAACAUCUGCAGUUCUUUUGCAGUAUGCCAAAACUCUAUUGGGUCAUACAGGUGUACCUGCAGGAGUGGUGGCUAUAUACUUAACAACUCCAAGUGCAACGACAUUGAUGAAUGCAAAGCAGGGCGUUGCAGCCCGUUUGCAAACUGCACUAAUUCACCAGGUUCCUUUUCUUGUCAGUGCUUGUCAGGCUAUAGUGGAGAUGGUUUUACCUGUGUGGAUAUAAAUGAAUGCUCUCUGGAUUCAAAAUGCCACUCCAAGGCCCUUUGCUCUAACCUUCCUGGUUCUUACAACUGCACAUGUAUGGCUGGGUAUUCAGGUGAUGGGGUCCUUCAGUGUAAUGACAUCAACGAGUGCCUGGUGAAUAACGGGGGUUGUAAAAACAAAGCAACAUGUGUCAACAACCAAGGUUCUUUUACAUGCCAAUGCCAGUCAGGUUUCAACUUGAUUAAUCGGACAAUUUGCCAAGAUAUCAAUGAAUGCAAGGAAAAGAGUAAUCCGUGCGGAGUGAACGAAGAGUGCAAAAACACUGAUGGGUCCUAUGAGUGCCCUUGCCGGGCUGGGUACUACCGUCCUGCCAGCAACAUGGCCUGUGUCGAUUGGGACGAGUGUAAAGACAAACCAUGCCAUGUCAAUGCCACGUGUCUCAACACCAUCGGCUCAUACACCUGCACCUGUAAGAGAGGCUUUACAGGGAAUGGCUCCCAUUGUACAGACAUAAAUGAGUGCGCUUUGGACGGUAUAUGCCACUCAAGGGCCACAUGCACCAACGUUAUAGGGGACUACUUCUGCUCUUGUCAGCAAGGUUUCACGGGGGAUGGAUUUUCCUGCCAGGAUGUGAAUGAGUGUUCCCUCUCCAACACCACGUGCCCUGCUUUCUCACAAUGUGUCAACUCUCCUGGUUCUUACGUGUGCUCAUGUUUAAAUGUAAAGGUCUGUGCCACCUCUCACCAUCCGGAUACCAGUGUGUUUGUGACGUCGGCUUUGAUGGCAAUGGAGUGA